GUAGUGUUGAGUAACGUCAAAUUAAAAUGGCUUCGUUUAAAUCUUCUAAAAGCAAUUUCUCUGAAAUGAAGUUGUUGAAAGAGAUCAUUCAAGGAGAGAACGACAAACCCAGUGAGUAGAUUUUUUUUUUACAGAGAAAGUAAUCGUGUGGGCAUGUAAUAUUAGAUAAUUCUUUUUGCUACUUUCACUUUAUCUCAUUUUAGCAUUGAUUUUAUUGUGUUGCUGAUCAUUUAAAAAUUAGAUAAAUAUGUGAUUAAAGAAAAAACUUUCUGGGGGGGGGGGGGGCAAAAAAAAUCGAUUAACUUUCCAGGGCGGGGCCAACAUUUUUUAGUAAUGUUUUAAUAUAGUUUUAAUUUGCUGUAGCGUAUUUGUAUGGUGAACGAACGGACAGGACAUCAGCUUAGUUACUUUCUCUUUAUUUUCUCUUUACUUUAAUAUUUUUUUUGUCUUAUUUUGUCUAAAUUUUUUUAUCCAAUCAAUCCAGGGGGGGGGGCGCAAGUGCUCCCCCCCCGGCGGGCACCCAUGCACCCAGCAUACAUUUAAAUUAAUGGUUUUAUGUACCCAGCAUACAUUUAAAUUAAUGGUGUUAUGCACCGAGCAUGCAUUUAAAUUAAUGGUGUUAGGCAUCUAGCAUACAUUUAAAUUAAUGGUGUUAUGCACCUAGCAUACAUUUAUAUUAAGGCUGUCAUGCAGCUAGCAUACAUUUAAAUAAAUGGUGUCAUGCACCUAGCAUACAUUUAAAUAAAUGGUGUCAUGCACCUAGCAUACAUUUAAAUAAAUGGUGUCAUGCAGCUAGCAUACAUUUAAAUAAAUGGUGUCAUGCACCUAGCACACAUUGUAAAAUAUUUAAUGGUAGAUGGGCCACACAAAAAUAAAGUAAUUCUUUACAAUGUUUUAGGUAUUUAAAUUAAUGGUCAAGAUAGGGAUAUAUUUAUUCAUUGAACUUAUUCCAUUAACACUAUUCACCUUUUUCUAUUUCUUAUACCGGGGAAGCGUUUCGCUUAGGGUCAGUUUGAUAUGUUUGCCACAAUGUUUGAGACCUGCUAAAAUUGCAUGUUGUUGUUAUGGAGGGUGUACUUAACAUAUUAAUUUGUCUCAUUUUCUGAAAAAAAUUGAGGAACCCAAAUUUGAUUUGAAAUUCUAAACGUGUAUAAUCUGAAACUGACAUCUAGAUUGACACAAUAGAGGCUUCCCAGGAAAUCUAGUUUGACACAAUAGAGGCUUCCCAGGAUAUCUAGAUUGACACAAUAGAGGCUUCCCAAGACAUCUAGAUUGACACAAUAGAGGCUUCCCAGGACAUCUAGAUUGACACAAUAGAGGCUUCCCAGAACAUCUAGAUUGACACAAUAGAGGCUUCCCAGGACAUCUAGAUUGACACAAUAGAGGCUUCCCAGGACAUCUAGAUUGACACAAUAGAGGCUUCCCAGGACAUCUAGAUUGACACAAUAGAGGCUUCCCAGGACAUCUAGAUGAAACAUUUCCUGUCAAUAUUAUGUAUAACUUCAAAGCGCAACAUCACACAACCUAUAAAUGUACUCUCACAUUUCAAUGUACAUAUACCAUGCCACUGUACACACAUAUGUGGACUGCCAUGCCAUUGCACACACAACCUGUAAAUGUACCCUCACAUUUUAAUGUGCACAUACCAUGCCACUGUACACACAACCUGUAAAUGUACCUUAACAUUUUAAUGUGCAAAUACCAUGCCACUGUACACACAACCUGUAAAUGUACCCUCACAUUUUAAUGUGCACAUACCAUGCAACUGUACACACAACGUGUAAACGUACCCUCACAUUUUAAUGCGCACAUACCAUGCCACUUUACACACAACCUGCAAAUGUACCCUAACAUUUUAAUGUGCACAUACCAUGCCACUUUACACACAACCUGUAAAUAUACUCUAACGUUUCUAUGUGCACCUACCAUGCCACUGUACACACAACUUGUGCACAUAAUAUGCCACUGUAUACCCACCAUGUCACUGUGAACACCCUGGACUCUACACAUAAGAUUCUUUGUAAGAUUCUUUAUUGAUCAAAACUAAUGGAAAUGUUUUUUGAAUGCACUGUGCAUUGUACAUUUUCAGCACAUAAAUAAAACAAUUUGAACACAAGACAUUUAAAUUAAAUUAUUUCACUCGGGAAAAAAGACCAUUCAGUGAAUUCUCUUAGCCAUAUCAGGGACUUAUUAUUUCUCAUUAAAAUUUGUGACUUCGUGGGGAGCACGCUGUUAAAUUCGUACAGAUUGUGGAACAAAGAAUAUUAUAUUUUUCAAAUGUAUCAUUCAAAAUUUGUUUAGUUUUACAUCUUUCAUCAAAUAGUUCUUCAAGUGAAGGACAUUUAGUUUGUAUUAUGUUCCAAGCUUUUUCUGAUUAGUUUGUUUAUUGGGUGUUUAAUAUCAGACGUUGAAUUCCCACACCAGCAGGUAACACUGAAAUUAAGCUGGCUUCCAAUUGUUGCACUGUUGGAUAAGAUAACGACUUGUUUGUUUACGCCGAAAUUGUACAGUUUUUUGAGAUAGAACAGUCUUUGGUUGAAUUUCUUUACAGAAUUGCCGUGCUCAUGCCAUGUUAGCUUAUUAUUAAUGGUAACAUCUAAGUACUUAUAUGCCUCUACAUCUAAGUACUUAUAUGCCUCUACUUUCUUUACACUUUGAUUUUUUAUGUUGAGAUCUGUAAUCUGGUGUUUCCCCCUCCUGAAAUCAACAAUCAUUUCCUUUGUUUUUUGAGACAUUCAACUGGGAGAAAAUUUUCAAAGCACCUAUUGAAAAAGCUUGUAACUAAGUUGUGGUAUAUGCCUUCUCCUUCAGAUAUUAAGCCAACAUUGGUUGUACCUUCAACAAAUUUUAAGAUUGGGAAGGUGUCACUUGGGCUCUGAAAUUCUUUUGUAUAUGUGGUAUACAAUACAGGAGAGAGAACGCAGCCUUGUAACUGAACAAACAUAAUGUUCUUAGUACACACAUAAUGUCAUUGUACCCCUAAAUUGUAACUGUACACAAACACUGCCUCAGUACAUACAUCAUGCCACUGUACACCAACGUGUCACUUUACACACCAUGUCACUGUAUAUACACUAUAUAACUGUAAAUUCUUCUUGUCACUGCACACUCACCAUGCGUCUGUAUACUCAACAUGUCAAUGUACACUCAUAAUGUCACUGUACAAUCAUCAUGUAACUGUACACUCAUAAUGUCACGUACGCACAUCAUAUCAAUGUACACACAUCAUUUCACUGUACAGUCAUCAUGUCACUGUACACUCAUCAUGUCACUGUACACUCAUCAUGUCACUGUACACUCAUCAUGUCACUAUACACUCAUCAUGUCACUGUACACUCAUCAUGUCACAGUACACUAAUUAUGUCACUGUACAAUCAUCAAGUAAAUGUACACUCAUGUCACUGCACCCUCAUCAUGUCACUGUACAGUCACCAUGUCACUGUACACUCAUCAUGUCACUGUACACCCAUAACGUAAUUAUACACUCAUCAUGUCACUGUACACUCAAAAUGUCACUGUACACUCUUCAUGUCACUGUACAGUCACCAUGUCACUGUACCCUCAUCAUGUCACUGUACACCCAUAAUAUUAUUAUACACUUAUGUCACUGUAUACUCAUUAUGUCACUUUACACUCAUGUCACUGUACACUCAUCAUAUCACUGUUCAGUCACCAUGUCACUGUACACUCAUGUCACUGUACUCACAUAAUGUAAUUAUACACUCAUCAUGUCACUGUACACUCCUUAUGUCACUAAAUAUUUUUUUUGUCACUGUAUACACACACCAAGUCAUCGUACACUCUUUAUUUCAAUGUACACUGUUCAUGACAAUGUACACUCUUCAUGUCACUAUACACCCAUUAAGUCACUGUACACCCACCGUGUCACUGUACACCCAUUAUGUCACUGUACACUCAUCAUGUCCAUGAACACUCUUCAUGCCAUUGUAAACACAUCAUGUCAUUAUUUACUAAUCAUGUCACUAUACACCCAUUAUGUCACUGUACACUCAUCAUGUCACUGUACACCCAUCGUGUCACUUUACACUCAUUAUGUCAAUGUACACUCUUCAUGUCACUAUACACUCAUUAUGUCACUAUAAGUUCAUUAUGUCACUAUACACUCAUUAUGUCACUUUACACUCAUUAUGUCACUAUAUACCCAUCGUGUCACUGUACACGUAUCUGGAUCUCAAAGUAGCUGUCAGGUAGUUUGGUGUAGGGCGUAAAUCAAUCCCCUAGUUCAAGCUUCAAGGUAAGUCGGUCAAGUAAUAGAAACCAGGCUAAAGGCAAAUGAUACACAAAUGGUUCAGUAUUUAAGCGAGUAGACAUAAGCUAAUAAGUCCCGUUCCAACAGCAACAAAUUCAGAUCGAUGUAUGGAAGGUGACAUAGCUUGAACAUCAGAGGGGAGGGGAGGCAGGGGGGACAGAUGUCCCCGGGCGCAAGCUAGUUAGGGGCGCCAAAAUGUGUUUUGAUAUUACAUUAUUGGUAAAAAUAAUGGGUUUGAGAGUUGAAAAAAGAAAAGGGGGCGCUUCAAAAUGGAUCUUGUCCCCGGGCGCUAAUCUUGUUCCCGGGCGCCACACACACUCGCUACGCCUCUGUUGAACAUGUGCAUCCAAUUUGUGGAUAGAAUAUAAGUCUUGUCAUUGUCGGCGAGAGCACAUGUUGCUUCGCGACAAGGUUGAACCAAGCAAACAUUUUAAUAAAUGUAGUAUGGGACUUCGUAUCAUUAUCAAUCAUUAAAUUUACAGGUUCAUAGUACACAUAUUGUCUUCUCGUUAUAAGAGACAUGGGCGAUUUGGAACAACAUCCUGUCAUCCCCAUGAUGGGAUGGCGGCGUGUCGUAGCCCGCGGCUAAAGCAAUAACAGAAUUGGUAAUAUCAAUAUAAUGUAAUAUAGGCAUUAUUAGAAUAAUAUCAAACACGAUCGAAUAUUAGCUACAUAGUUAUAUAAACAAUGCAAGUGCAAUAACCUAAUAUCAAAAUCAUGGUUGCGUACUUACUAGUACUCUAGGUAGCAGUCGCAGUUAAUGAUCACGCUGCUAAAGUUCUAAGUCUAGAUACUCCAGCGUCCACGGUUAAGUGAUCAGACCUUAAAGACAUAUACUUGAUAGAAUCCUAGGUCGCAGUUAUAGAUCACACUACUGAAGUCUCUAGUGUAGUUAUCUUCAGCAUUCACAGUCAAGUGAUAAUGAUAACGCUAUGAAGCCUCUAGGAAGUUAUCUUCAGCGUGCACAUUCAAGUGAUUACGCUAUGAAGUCUCUAGCAAGUUAUCUUCAGCGUCCACUGUCAAGUGAUGAUGAUCAUAAAAGAAAAAUUCUUGCUUGUUCUGGCUAUUUAUUCGCAUUGGGUGAUAAUUCAAUUGGAUUUAAAUGUUGUAUGUUUUCCCAUCCAAUGACAAUCACUUACGAUGUUGCUACCCUCAAAGCUUAACGGGCUGAGGUGAGAAAUCCAAAUUCACGCUACAGCGUGAGUUUUCUGAUGCAUAAAUGCAAUAACAACAAGGGACGAUACUCCGCUUUGCUGUCUACAGGGCAAAAAUGAGGGGCGGUAUGGUAUUAUUUUCUCAAGGUUCAUCGAUGAGAGGGUUGAACACAAAUUCCAUGCUUUUUGGGGUGAGCGAACUGAUGUGGAAAUGUGAUAACACCAAGGGGAGUCACUCGUGCUAUGCGACUGCGGGGCAACUUGAGGAGAGGGAAAGGUAUUAUUUUAUAAGGGUUUCCAAGGGCGGAUUUACAUCAUCAUCAUCAUCAUCAUCAACAAGGGCACUACAGCCCAUGUAGGGCCCUGGCCUGCUCCACCACAUCCUUCCAUUCGGAGCGAUCUAUGGCUUUCCGUCACCAUGCUCGAACCCCCAACUGAUGUAAAUCUGUCUCCACAUCAUCAAUCCACCUCAUUCUUGGGCGACCGAUGAGUCGUCUGCCCCUAGGCUUUUGCCUGUAUAUAAUUUUGGCUGCUCUGCAUUCCGGCAUCCUUUCAACAUGACCUGCCCAGCGUAUUCUGCCUUUUUUAUCAUUGUGACUAUGGAUGGUUCUUUGUACAAAUAGUAAAGUUCUUGGUUUGUACGUAUUCUCCAGAUAUCAUUUUCUAUCACUGGUCCGUAUAUUUUGCAGAGGAUUUUCCUCUCCCAUGUGUUGAGCAGGCGGAUUUACGGUGGACUAAUUGUACAAAGUCCAGCCUCACAUCGUCACUGUACACUUAUUAUGUCACUGUACACUAAACACGUCACUGUAAACUCAACAUGUCACUGUACAUUCACCAUUUAACUGUACACUCACCAUGUCCCUGUACACACAAUCUGUCAUUGCACACUCAACAUACUACGCAACACAAACAAUUCGAAUAUCUAUUAUCACAGACUUUCAGUACAGACGUUUUAUACAAAUGGACGUCUUGAUAUGGAAAAUAUUAUGUAAAAGGAAAUAAAAGUGUUAAGUUUUAUUUUUUUUAAGAAUAGAAAAAAUCAACAAAAGGAUGUGGGCGUCAUGAAUUAUUUGAAUUGAUAAUAUCGAUAAUGUUUGUUGUGACGUGUGUCUAUAGUUUGACUGCAACUCAAGCAUGUCGUUAGAUGUCUACCACCGCCCGCAUUCGCUUUUUAAUUAUUUUAAAUUUGAGAAUGAAAACAAAUAUUGAUACAUUAUAAUUUAUAAGACAUGUAAUAAUAAACAUCCAUUGUAUAUGCCAGGUCGGAAGCCUAAGUAACGAUUUUAUUUGUGCUGCAAUAUAUUUGAAAAAAAAUGCUAAUAUCUAUUCUCCUAAAGAUAAACUCGCAUCCAAGAAUAUUUCUGAGACCCUCGGGGCUGUACUCGCCAAGCAGCUGAUAACACUCCCAAAGACAGACAGAUCGACACAGACCAAUUGGAAGUGGCGAGUCAUGGCGGAAAGGUGGCGAGGGGCAAAACUGAUUGCUCCCAAGGAAAAAACACAAGAGGCAGCUGGUGUAAAGAAGUCACAAGUUGUUUUCAAACUAGAGAAAGCUGG